UGUUCAAUUAGGAUUCCCACACGCUUUUGACUUCACCAAGAUGGUAGUCUUCAACAUGUUAUGGAAGCUCUUUGUAGUUGUGGCAUUCGGGCUCUCUGCCACUGUCACCUCUACUGAGGUAGCCCAGGAGCAACCCAAGGAGGAAUCAUUGAUAGGCGGAUUCUCCAAUGAGAAAGAAUCAACAGUAUCUAAACCUUCGGAAGUAAAAGAAGCAACCGGGACUAGCACUCCAGGAAACAGUGAUCCAGAUGAGCCACCGAUGUUCACUGUUGAAUGGUAUCUGUUACCCAAGCCCUUAAACAGAGCAACCCUUCGUUACAUGUUGCCAUGGAAUUUACAAACUGCUGUCCCAGAAGACUGCAAAAGGCCAAUAUUGCCUGUAGUAGAAAGACAGAUUAGGAAUUAUUUUUCUUGGCUUGAGAAAACGAAACAAAAGGAGUCUUCUUCUGCACAAGGUGAAACCACUAAUAUUAGCCAACCCCCAAAGAAAUCUUUCACCAGUAGAUUCUUCGGCAAAAAAGACGCAUCUACCGUUAAACCCGUUGAUGUACCAGAUUUACCCAAGUACUCUCUAGAAUGGUAUUUUGUACAGAAACCCGAAAACAGAAAACUUCUUCGUGACAGGUUGCCAUAUGCUACGAAAGCUUUUGUAGCACCGGACUGUAGAGAACCAAUAGCGCCCGUACUGGAAAAACGCAUUAGGGAUUAUUUCUCAUUGUAUACCGUCGACUGGUAUUUGUUACCCAAACAAGAAAACAGGAUAGCCCUACGCUAUAUGUUACCAUCUGAUUUGGCUGCCAAGGUGCCCGAAGACUGCAAUGAACCUAUAGACCCCGAAGUGGAAGCAAUUAUUAAGGAACAUUUCACAGUGACUGAAAAGAAGCAGAGGCCUAAUCGUUUUUGGUAUUUGCAUUUGUAAAUUACAAAUAAUGGACUGACUUGAGGAGAACUAAUACAAC